AUUACAAAGUGAUAAAGAAAAGUUCGCAAAUGCCAAGUACAAUAUUGAAUAACAACUUGAACAGUAAAAAUUACAACUCAACAAACUACAAACUACGAAUCUACGACCACCACGACCGUGAUUUAAGUGUACCUAGCCUGUGUAUAAAGUCUUAACACUGACGUACACCAUUCCAAUUUCUAGCUGUAGCGAGCACAAUUUAUUGAGUGUUUUUAAAUUGUGUUUUACUUAACUCCCGACCACCUGCUGCUGUAGUGGUUUAUUUGUAAGUCUCUGUCUGAAAUAUUUCUUAUUUGCUUACACUCGUUCUCGUGUCCUCGAAUUACUGGACAGUGAUGAACUUGAUUUAAACCACAUCUGUUGAUGUCCUGCAGAUGGAAAACAAAUUAUUAGCCGAUUACGAACAGCAGUUUGGUGUGACCAGUGCUGAGAUCACAUCGAAAAUCAGCAGACUUGGUCAUAUAGCUGGCAAUGAUAGAAAUGAAUACAUCAAAGAAAUCGAACGAAACCUCGAUGAGGUACAUGAUUUGUUGGAACAAAUGGACUUGUCAGUCAAAGAAUCUGACGUGUCUGUACGCGCCAAACUGCACAAUCGAGUAGCUAGUUACCGGGCUGAACUGCACAGAUUAGCCAAGGAGUUUGCCCGGGCAAAAUGUACGGUCAACAUUGAUUUAGAAGAUGAUAAUCAUUUUGCUGAAAGUGAAGAUAUAACUUCCGAACAAAAACAGAGGCUAUUAUAUACAUCUGAACGUCUUAACCAAUCAGGAAUACAAUUGGAUAAUACUUAUCGUAUUGCUGUUGAGACUGAAGAAAUUGGUUCACAAAUACUUACAGAUUUAAAUCGUCAACGAGAAACUAUGCAUAAUUCUUUUAAUCGGCUCAGAGAUGCAAAUGCAGACCUGGGCAGAAGUACCCGAAUGAUAAAUGCCAUAAUUGUACGUUCCAGACAACACAAAAUCAUACUUUUUGGUGUCAUGGCAGCAUUUUGUUUUCUCUUGGUCUUUGCGUUGUACCAUACAUUCCUUUAAAUAUUAAUUCCUAUUUCACGGGUUAACUUGUUAUAGUUUUUUGUUAUUACCUUUUUGAAUUUACAAUGUAAUUGUUAUUAUUUAUAUUUGAAAGACUUUUAACAGUCAUUUUUGAACAACUACCUAUAUUAACGUAAAAUAUUUAAAUACUUUCGUAAAACAAAUAAAAAUCUGUAUUAUGAACUCAAUAGAUUUCAUAUGAUAACAUCUACAAUUACGAAUCAUUAAGAGAACACCACGCCUACAUAUAUUGUUUUCAUCUUAUAAAUAUCCAAC